AUGUUUGGAUUUCUUUUCAGCUGCACAUUUAGUCAAGAUGACUGUAAAGACGACUGGGUGUCCAUCCCUGAUGAAUACCAACAGGAAGUGAUUUCCUACAGAGCUGAGAAGGACGCCACAGGAGAGGUCAAAAUAGUCGUCAAAGUUCACCUGACUGUGGCUCAGAAGAGUCAGUCUGAAUUUACCUGUGAGAUAUCUUCAGACCUUCGCUGGAAUUGUCUGCCACAACCUCACAACCCACAAUGCACCUGCAUUCUGUCUGACGAUCUUAAUGCUAAAGAACUUGAUGUUACUGUAUAUAUUGCAUUCGGCCGAACAACACUGACAAAGCAGCUAAAGCUAUUCGACUGUUCUGACCGUUCACUCUCGUGUCAGCAGUGCAUCAGGGCCGGAUGUGGCUGGAGGGAGAACCGCUGUACCUGGGACAGUGAAGGAGUGCGGAAUGAGAGUGUUUGCCGAAGGUCCACCUCUCAGGGAAACCUUGUGCGGCCGGGGAACAUCUCCGUCUUUCCCAGACGUGUGUCUUACUACGGCAGAAAUAACGCUACUUUGAGAGGUCACAACCUCACAGGUGUGAUUGCCGUCAAGGUCCACGCAGAAAUGGACUGUUCCCCACAGGAAUCUCCAGUUUGGAACAACAAUGGUGAGAGUCUGACGUUCCACAUUCCCAGAAGAGCCAAUGAAGCUGAAGCCAAAGUGUGUGCUGUCCUGUCUGAUGGGAGUUGCCAUGGCGAGGCUGAUAUAACCUAUCAGUCAGCGCCAUCUUGUACUAGACUGGAAUCUUCCGUUUCCUGGAGAAGGUAA